CACAGAUCAACACAGAAGAUAUUCCGAUACGAAUAACCAAUGCCAUCCAUUUACAUGCCUUUUUGAUUUUUGGUCGCCAUAUGGCAGAUGACCAUCAUGGCCCAGAAACGAAAAGCUACUUCAGAAACUAACCGACAGCCUAAACGGCUACAACAUUCAGCUCCGUCAGAAAGCUCCGAUAUAGUUGAUAAUGGCGACAUAUCGGACUUUUCAUCCCAAUCUUCCUACUGUCUGAGCCAUGGCAGCCAGCAUGAAACACCCAUCACACCUCACUCUCCCGCCUCCUCGAGAUACCCGUCAGAUCGAAAAACUCACCUUUGCCCCUAUGAGGGAUGUUUUAAAGCUUUUAACCGGCCUGCACGACUUACAGAACAUUUAAGAUCACAUACCAACGAGCGAAUAUUUAGCUGUACAUAUGAAGGCUGCGAGAAGACAUUUCUACGAGCUUCCCAUCUGAGCCACCAUGUAAAAAGUGCGCAUACCACCAUUCGAGACUACAUAUGCGAUAGAGAGGGAUGCGGCAAGACAUUCGUCACGGGAUCACGGCUACGAAGGCAUCUAGCUGCCCACGAAGGAAGGGACAAGUACAGGUGUACUGAAUACCCACCUUGCAACGAAACAUUCCGCAAACAUUCAACACUCCAAAAACACAUCUUGACCGCCCAUCUAAAUGAGAAACCGUUUCCCUGUCCGCAUAUUGAUCCAGCCACUGGCCAGCAAUGCACGCAGGCCUUCGAUACAGCAGGACAUCUGCGCUCGCACGAGAGCAGAAUUCACGGCGGUGCACGGUUUGCCUGCAUAGAAUGCUCAUCCAAGGCAAUUGACGAAACGUCGACAGCGACGAACGGGACGACCAAUCCCCAUCAAACUGCCGUCUUCCCAACCUAUGCUUUACUUCAAGCACACAUGAAAUCCGUCCACCCACCCACCUGUCCAGAAUGUGGUAUGACCUCCACAUCGAGCCGAGACCUCCGCCGCCAUCUUGAGAUCACCCAUGGAACCGUCCCGGUGGAAGAACGCAAAAUCCACCCAUGCCUCUACCCGAGCUGUGGUCGAAACUUUACAAAAAAAGGCAAUUUAAACGUGCACAUGAGAACCGUUCAUGAGGGAGAGAAACGUUUCGUCUGCGGCGAGACAGACCUCUCCAGCUCAAAAAAGGUAGAAGGUUGGAACGUGAAGGAUAACGGAUGCGGUAAACGCUACGGCAGCAAACUUGCCCUAGAAGAACACGUUCGCACAGCACACUUGGGGUUAAAAAAUGCGAAAGCGGAACGAAGGGAGCUGCUCGGCCUUAACGGCUCCAGCAGCAGCAGCAGCAGCCGCGGUAGUGGUGGUGGUGGGAGCAGUUCUCGUUCUCGAACUAAAGAUAAGGAUGGCCAGUCAGCAGCCCCUUCGAAUCUCGCCAUGCUGACUGGCGAAGGCUACAUGGAGGAAUCCGGGCGCCACAUCCCCUGUCUGCUAGAGCAGUGUGCGCAUCUCUUCCAUCGAGACUAUGACUUGUGGCUGCACAUGGCUUCGAAGCACAAUUUGGAGGAGAAUGAUAUUCAGAUUUUAUUCAUGCAGCGCGCCAUGCAGGGUGGGGAGCAGAGUUUUGAUGUCGACUUUGAUAAAUUGACGAGGUAUGGGUGUAGGCAUGGAUAUGCUACUGGUUCUGGCGCCGGGAACGGUGAUGAUAUCCACCCACAGGAUCUAGGUGACGGGCAAUUGGUAAUUGGAAAGGCGCAGGGUUUGGUUAGUGACGAAUUUGCGAUGGCCGAUUUUGCUAUUGGUGGCUGUGGUUCUGCAGUCGACAACGGUGGAGAUACUGAUAUGACUUUGAUCGACCCUGUCUUGACAUUUACACAGAGACAACAAGGGAUUCAUGAAUAAGCUGAUAGCAUUGACCAGUCGUCAACCGUGUUGGUGUCUUACGGAUCUUUCACCGCUUUGCUAUCCAAAACUUUUUUUAUAUGAGGAGUAGAAAUAUGACGGAAAUACGAUUAUACAUAAUGAGAAGGAAUUAAAUAAUAGGGCUAUUUACGCGAAACCAAUUCUUUUUAAUUUAUAUUAAUUUGUUAACGUCACCAAAGAAAGCUGCACUGGUCCCUGCUUCUGCUUCGCGUCGGGGGUUUCAAGUCCAGCAAGCUGUACACAGCAUCACAUCACAGCUUGCACAAUUAAAGAGGAAAGAACUAAAAAAGAUGAACCUUCACCUAGAAAGCGUAGCAGCAUGUGAAUACAAACUAAUUAUACUCUGUAUUUGAAUUAACAAAACAAGGGGCAAGCAGUAAAACCCAACCACGAGAUGGAAUUUCUUCGUUAAAAAUCGUCAAAGCCAGAAGGAAAAGAAGUAAGAAGAAC